UGUUGUCGCGCACGCUCGUAGGGCGGAGCUGUCAAUUUUGAGAAAAAUAAUAAUUUUCUUACGGGAAAACGCGAAAAAAUUGUAUAAUUUCUGUUAGAAUUAUUGUCGUUCUAAAUUUAAAAAUUAUGGUGAUCCAGUGAUAUUGAAAAUGAAGUUAGUUUUCCUUGUAUUUUUCUUUGCCCUGGAUGUUUGUUUUGCAAAUCCCGACGCGAAGAGGCUGUAUGAUGAUUUGCUCAGUAACUAUAAUAGACUAAUUCGGCCGGUGGACAAAACUAAUAACACUGUACUCGUGAAACUUGGCUUACGAUUGUCACAACUGAUAGAUUUGAAUCUGAAGGAUCAAAUUCUCACAACAAACGUAUGGUUGGAACAUGAAUGGGAAGAUCACAAAUUCAAAUGGGACCCACUGGAAUACGGCGGUGUGACGGAGCUUUAUGUGCCGUCCGAGCACAUUUGGCUGCCGGAUAUCGUGCUGUAUAAUAACGCCGACGGCGAGUACGUGGUGACAACCAUGACAAAGGCUGUACUCCAUUACACCGGCAAGGUCCUGUGGACACCACCCGCCAUCUUUAAGUCUUCCUGUGAGAUCGACGUUCGUUACUUCCCCUUCGAUCAGCAGACCUGCUUUUUGAAGUUUGGAUCAUGGAGUUACGAUGGCGAUCAAAUCGACUUGAAGCACAUAAAUCAGAAGAAAGGAGAUAUGGUAGAAGUUGGUAUCGAUUUACGUGAGUAUUAUCCAUCUGUCGAAUGGGAUAUCCUUGGAGUACCCGCUGAGAGACACGAACGAUACUAUCCCUGCUGCCAGGAACCAUAUCCAGAUAUUUUCUUCAACAUAACUCUCAGAAGGAAAACUUUAUUCUACACUGUAAACCUCAUCGUACCGUGCGUGGGCAUUUCAUAUCUAUCUGUCCUUGUCUUUUACCUACCAGCGGAUUCGGGAGAAAAGAUUGCAUUGAGUAUAUCCAUCCUUCUCUCCCAGACUAUGUUCUUCUUACUGAUAUCAGAGAUCAUACCUUCUACUUCACUUGCUUUACCGCUCUUGGGAAAGUAUCUUCUAUUUACAAUGUUGCUGGUAGGUCUAUCAGUCGUGAUCACUAUAAUAAUAUUGAAUGUCCACUACCGAAAGCCGAGUACACAUGAAAUGGCGCCUUGGGUUAGAACUUUCUUCAUAACGAUGCUACCUAAAUUACUGCUUAUGCGGGUACCGAAGGAUUUGCUAAGAGAUCUAGCAGCGCAGAAGAUUAUUGGGCGCGGUAAGAAGAAGAACAAAUUCAAGGAUGCGCUUGCGGCAGUUGAAAGAACACAUUCGAAUUCUUCCAGCCCUGAUUCCUUACGUCAUCAUUUGCCAGGAGGCUGUAAUGGUCUUCAUUCCACAACUGCUACUAAUAGAUUCAGUGGUCUGGUUGGAGCUCUUGGAAGCCUUGGUGCUGGUUACAACGGUCUACCAUCAGUUAUGUCUGGUCUAGAUGAUUCACUAAGUGACAUCACGCCACGGAAGAAGUACCCAUUUGAAUUGGAGAAGGCCAUCCACAACGUAAUGUUUAUUCAACAUCACAUGCAAAGACAGGACGAAUUUAACGCGGAAGAUCAAGACUGGGGAUUUGUGGCUAUGGUACUUGACCGGCUGUUUCUCUGGAUUUUUACCAUAGCAUCAAUAGUUGGCACCUUCGCCAUUCUCUGUGAGGCUCCUUCACUUUACGAUGACACCAAACCAAUUGACAUGGUGCUGUCAUCCGUCGCACAGCAGCAAUUUCUACCGGUUGAGAGUGGUGGUUCUUAAAAAAACAAAAGUUAUAAGCACACAUAAGUACUUAGGUAUAUGUUACUAGGAUUGUAGACAUGAUGGGAGUUUAUAUCUAUUCAAUUAAUCUGAUGAUAAACAACCAUAUUUGUUAUUUGAUGUUUCGGUAACGAAUAAUAAAAUUUUGCCCCCUUAUUUUAAAUUUCAAUAUAUAUAUAUAUAUCAUUGUUUAUAAUUUAAUCCCAUCUAUUUAUGUAAUAUAUCGUAAUAAUGUAAUCAUCUAAGCCAAAGAGGCUGUGAGUUUUAUAAGAUUAAACUAAGACUUCGACUUAGAUUAGAUUUCAUAGUUUAGCUGGAAACAACUGUUGAAACGUAUGACGGUGGUGGCUUAUUGUUAGUUAAAUUUAUAUUCUUCCAAUCACGUGAUUAUAAUGUCGAUUGUAAUUUAUUAGAAUACGAUACGUAUUCUGUCGACCCACGGAUAGUUUUUGGUACCAUUAAUAAAACUCGAAGACGUAAUUAAUCACAGAGUAACUACACUGAAUCUUAACCUAAGUGGAUUACAAUAAUAGGGUGGUGACAAUGGAUCUAUAAUAAAUGUGAAAACGAGUGUUGGGGCACUGAAGUUCCAUUAUAUAUUGUGUAGGUUACAGUUGCAAGAUUCAACUAAUUAUUAUGAUUGGGUUAUAGAAUAUGAAGAUUUUUUAUUUAUAUAUUUGUAAUAUUAAAACACUCUCGUCACAUGUUGAAAAGAACGUAAUUUUUCAUUAAUUUACGUGUUUUAUGUGGUUAAUACGCAAUCUGUUGCAUAUCUUUUUCUUAGACUUUUCAACUGUAAAAAAUCCUGUCUAUAUAUCAUAACCGAUAAAAAUGGGUCCUGAAAUGGAUAUAUAUGCAUAUGAUUUUACAUAAUAUUUAUCCUUAUAGUCGUUUUUUAUAAGGGAAAUGUAAUUUAAUUCUGCAUUUGGAGGAUUCUCGUUAUAUACCAUUCUUGUCAUAUAAUAAAGAUUACGUAAAUAAUAAGUACGCCAUAGCUAUUAAUUGAGCGUUAAAUGUACGAAUAUUUGUUGUUUUAUCUUUACGUCAUAAUCACUAAGUCACAAGAAAUAAAUAAAGAUGACAGAUUAAAACGAGUUAGGACAUUUAUAAGAUCUGAAAACUUUUUUUAACUGAUAGUAAUGUGAGUUUAUUACAUUAUUUACAUUACAUUGGUUGAUUAAGUUUAAUAUAAAUGUGUUUUGCUCAUAUUAGUUAGUACUCAAAAGACAAUAUUAGUUCUAAACUCCCUUUUUAACCGACUUAACCAAAAAAUUGAGGAGUUUUACAGUUUAAUGCGUAAGCCUUUUGAAGUGUUGCCAAAAUAAUCAUAAUUUGGAUAUUUGGCUGUGUUAGAAUAAGAUUUUGACUUUUAUUCCAGAUCUAAUCUAUUUAACUCAUGUAUUAUUUUAGGUGUUCCCUUUAUGUAAUGCCCUACUAUUUACUUAUAUCAUAUAGAAUAUAGCUUUUAAUUAAAUA